AUGGUUCCUCCUCAAGUUUCCCACGCUUCUUCUUUUCCUUCCGUCAGGGACAGCGAGUGGGAAUUCGAUGUCUUCCUCAACUUCAGAGGCGAUGAAAUUCGCUACGGUUUCACUGGCUAUCCCCACAGAGCUUUUUGUGAAAAGGAAAUCCGCACCUUCAAGGAUCUCGAGGAUCUUGUUAGUGGCAAGAAAAUCCAGCAAACAUUUGCUCGGGCAAUUGAAAGCUCCAGGAUUGCCAUCAUCGUGUUCUCCCAGCAUUAUGCUGAAAUUGAUUUCUUGCUGAGGGAACUUGUCAAGUUAUUGGAGUGCUCUCAACGUCGUGGAUCCCGGUGA